GGAAGCCGCCCCGCCGCCGUUCCUCACGCUGAGGCGAGCCGUGGGCUGGCGGUCCGGCCCGCUGGGCGGUUGAGGUGGGAGUGAAGCAGUCCCGGGCACCCUCCUCCACGCCGCGAGGCCGCCUAAGGCGCGGGGUGGAGGGCAGGAGGGCGCGGGACUGGACUCACAUCGCCCUUCGCGGGUGAAGGUCGCCGUCGGUUCCCGAGCGCCGGGCGGCUGCGCAGGCGUGGAGCGUCCGGGCGGGGGGCGGGCUCUUAAAGGGGCCGCAGCGGCGGGUCGCGGCGUCGAGCGGAGAACCGGGGAGAGGGAGAGGAUCGCGCGCUUUCCGGGCGCCCCGACAACCAGGCCCCGAGGACAGCCGCCCGUGGAGCCCGCUCUGCAGGCAGGUCUUGUGGGCCUCCGAUUUAGCGCGUUUCUCCUUAUUUCCAGCCCCGGGCGCUAUGGCGCACGUCGGGUCUCGGAAGCGCUCGAGGAGUCGCAGCCGGUCCCGGGGGCGAGAGUCGGAAAAGAAAAGGAAGAAAAUCAGUAAAGACGCCCCGACAAGCUGCUCGGCUUCUAGAUCCCAAGGCCGGAAGGCCAGCACCACCUCCGCGAAGGAGGAGAGAAGCAAGCACAAGGCUCAGAGGAGACCACGAUCCAGCUCCUCCUCCUCUUCUUCCAGUUCUUCUAGCUCUUCUUCCUCGUCCUCCUCAUCCUCCAGCGAUGGCCGGAAGAAGCAUGGGAAGCACAAGGACAAGAAGAGGAAGAAGAAGAAGAAGAAAAGGAAGAAGAAGAAGCUGAAGAAGAAAGGCAAGGAGAAGGCGCCAAUGCGGCAGGCUGAGGCUCUGCCUGGACCCUCACUGGACCAGUGGCACAGGGCAGCCGAGGUGGAAGAGGAUGGCCCAGUCCUGACGGAUGAGCAGAAGUCCCGCAUCCGGGCCAUGAAGCCUAUGACCAAGGAGGAGUGGGACGCGCGGCAGAGUGUCAUCCGCAAGGUGGUGGACCCCGAGACGGGUCGCACCAGGCUCAUUAAGGGCGAUGGUGAGGUCUUAGAGGAAAUCGUGACCAAAGAACGGCACCGAGAGAUCAACAAGCAAGCCACCCGAGGGGACAGCCUGGGCUUCCAGAUGCGAGUUGGGCUGCUGCCCUGAGGGCCCGACCACGUGGGAAGACAUGGCCUGGAAGCAGGCCUCGGGGUGGGUAGCAGGGAACCCAAGGGGCGCCAUCUGCCUUUCCGCUGUGGGGUGCCGCUGGUCUCAUCCUUCCCCCGUCCCCCGCCACAGAGCAUUAUUUCCAGGAUAUUAAACUUGCCCUGAUGGUAGACCUA